AACGGGGCCAGUGAUGUACAAAGAAGGUUAAUUUGGCACUUUUGCCGCUAUAAGCGAUUUUAUAGUCAGGAUUUUAUUAAAAAAGGAAGCUGCCUCUGCAAAAAAGAGAAAAUGGAUUGGCAGGCGCAAUGUGACAGAGACCUGGCAUCAGCAGUCUAUCAUGGAAAUGUUGAUGCACUGAAAGAACUCAUAUCAAAAGGUGGCAAUCCAAAUGCAAAGGGCUAUAAUAAUGAGCCACUGCUGUUACAUGCAGCUGGCUGUAAUAAAGUGGAAGUUGUCAGAUAUCUUCUGAAUGAUCUCCAUGUUCCAAUUGAAAUCCGUGACAAGCAUGGACAUACGGCUCUUUUGACUGCAGCAUCACACGGAGCCUUGGAAGUGCUGCAGUUCCUGAUCUCAGCUGGUGCCAAUAUACUGGCUACAAAUGCCUUGGAGGAGACAGCACUGCAUCUCUCUGCGCGCACUGAGUCAGUGGAGACCUUCAAGUUCCUCCAGCAGUCAGGAAUUCCCAUGGAUGCUGUGGAUAUUCGAGGCAGAACUUUUCUCCAUCAUGCAGCUGAAUUUUCAUUUCCAAAGAUGGUGGAAUGCAUCUUACAAGGGGGCUGGCUGCCUGUUGACUGCCUAGACAAGAAUGGACAAACACCACUGAUGUUGACAGCAGACUUCCCACGGAAUGAGAGAGAUCCUGUCAUACAUAGCAGCUGGUUCACUUGUGAAGAUUAUGUCAACCAGUUGCAGUGUCUAUUAUUGAGAGGAUAUAUGAAGGAUGGAUUUUUGGCCCCAACACAGUCAGCCCACAGCUGUUUUUCAAACGGGAAGUACUUAACAACAAUGCAUCAGUUUAACAGUGUCAUAAAGCUGCUUCUUAGUGCUGGAGCUGAUCUUUCAAGAAAGGAUGUGCUUGGAAGGACUACACUUCACAGAACACUUGGCAAUAGAGAAAAUUUUGACUUCUUAUGGAAAAAAUGUAAAGAUUUCACACAUUCUGUUGAUAAGAAAGGACAGACACCAAUACAUAGAGCGCUCUCAGCUUUCCGCUUUCAUUGGGACAUGCAUCACAUAAUGCGACUCUUGCUGGAAGCUGGUGCAGAUGCCAAAUCACGUGAUUCAGAAGGAAGGACAGCUUUGUACAUUGCAUUAGAGAAGCAAUGUUCUUAUGAAGUGCAGGCAUUAAUAAAAUCAGGAGCUGAAACAUCAUGCCUGGAGAAAGACAGUCUCACUAAGAUUCUCCACAUUGCAGUCAGGAAUGAUGACUAUGAGCAAACAAAUAGAAUGAUUGCUGAAGGUGCAGAUGUAAAUGGCAGACAGAGUUUUAACAGAGACUCGCCAUCAACAGAAAAAGGCCACACUAUAAGAUGUUUGGGGUGCUAUGAAGCAGGCGGACCUGUAUAUUAUGAAUUGUCGGGGGAAUCUCCUUUGUUUGAGGCACUUAGGUCUCCAAAGAUCUUCAAAUUGUUGAUUGAUUCUGGGGCAAAUGUGAAUUUCAAAGAUGACCAUGGUUGUACAGCACUUCAUAGAGCUGUUGCUGAUAUGCGCUGUGAGGUGCUGGAAAUGCUGCUGGAUGCUGGUGCUGAUCCAAAUAUUGUAGAUGAUUGUGGAGUAUCAUCGCUCCACACACUAUCAGAUAGAUGUGCAGAUGUCAGGGACAUUACAAAAUUUGCAGAAAGGCUCUUACAAGCUGGAGCCAGUGUGAAUGUGGCAGAUCAUAAUGGCAGAACACCAUUACAUUACGCAACAAAAAGAGGAGAUUCAAAGCAUGUGAAAAUUUUACUCAGUGCUGGAGCCAAUGUUCAUGCGGUGGAUGUGAAUGGUGCAACUCCACUCCUCAUAACUGAUAAACGUCACUUUACACAGAUAAUCAAGUUAUUGGUUGAUGCUGGAGCAAAUGUGAAUUUGAAAGAUGCCCAUGGUUGUUCACCACUUCAAAAAGCAGUUGAUAAUAGAAACUUUGAGGCCUUGGAAGUGCUACUGGAUGCUGGUGCUGAUCCAAAUAUUGUAGAUGAAUGUGGAGUAUCACUGCUCAACAUUGUGUCAAGUAGACCUGUGAAUACCAAGGAUGUUCCAAAGUUUGCUGAAAGGCUUCUACAAGCUGGAGCCAAUGUGAAUCUUAAAGAUCAUAAUGGCAUAACACCACUUCAUUGUGCAGCAAAGACAGGAAACUGUAAGCUCAUAGAAAUUCUACUCAGUGCUGGAGCUGAUGUUAAUUCCAUGGAUGUGAAUGGUGCAACUCCAUUACACAUGAUAUCUAAACACUGCUUUAUGCAGGCUGCACAAUUACUGCUUGAUGCUGGAGCUAAUUUAAUAGCAAGUGAUAAAGAUGGUCAGCAAAUCAUACAUAAGGCUUCGCAAUUUGGGGACACUACAGCCAUUGAUUAUCUUGUGGAAAAGUGGCCAUCAACAUGGGGCUGUGACAGCCAUGGAAAUACUGUUCUACACUUUGCUGCUAGAAGUCGUAGAAAUAGACUGAUCAGCAUAGAGCAUAUCCUAAAGAGGAAUCUGGUGUCUGUAGAUGAGAGGAAUGUGGAAGGACAGACAGCACUAGCAAUGCUUGUGGAGCGCGGUAGUAAAUCGCACUCUACACACGGUGAAGUAGAGAUAUUGUUGACAGAAGGAGCAAGUCCCACUACAAUGGACAACAAUGGGAAAAUGCCUCUGCACACCGCAGCUAGUGUCGGCGAUGUGAAGGUAAUGGAGGUCUUGACUGCAGCUGGAGCAGACGUCACAUCGAAGGAUGUCACUGGUCGAACACCCCUGCACUUGGCAGCUGAGGCACACAAUGUGGAAGGUCUGGAACUGUUACUGAAAAAGGCAGCAAGCAUUGAUGAACAGGACAGUGAUGGCCAAACUCCACUGAUGCUUGCUGUUGGUAGCAGUACUGCAGUCAAUUUACUGCUGAGGAAAGGUGUGAGUAUUAGUGUGAAAAAUCACUCUGGGAAGACAGUGCUGGAAGAAGCAAUGGAUCACGGCAGUCAUGGUGUAGUGGAGGCCUUGGUUGCGGCUGGAGCAGAUGUCACAUUGAAGGAUGUCACUGGUCGAACACCCCUGCACUGGGCAGCCAAGGCACACAGUGUGGAAGGUCUGGAGCUGUUACUGAAAAAGGCAGCAAGCAUUGAUGAACAGGACAGCGAUGGCCAAACUCCACUGAUGCUUGCUGUUGGUAGCAGUAAUGCAGUCAAUUUACUGCUGAGGAAAGGCGCGAGUAUAAAUGUGAAAAAUCACUCUGGGAAGACAGCCCUGGAAGAAGCAAUGGAUCAUGGCAGUCAUGGUGCAGUGAAAUUACUGUGGACUGCAGUAAGCAACUUAAAGGAUAUUCCACAGGAGUAUUGCAUCAAAGCAGUUCAUGUAGCUGUAAAAUCAGGAGAUGAAGAGAUAUUGGACCAUUUGAUUUCUUUGGGGAUAUCCUUGUCAGACUGCUGGUGGGAUCCUGAGCAUGAGACAACAUUGCUGCACUGUGCAGCACAGUCAAGUGUGGAAAUGCUGAAGAAACUAAUAGACAAUGGUCACACUGAAAGUACACAUGACCACAAGGGAUUCUCCCCAUUACACAUUGCAGUUCAAUCAUUAAAUUUUAUGGGCACAAAAUAUUUGCUUGAAGAUGCAAAUGUUCCAGUGAAUGAGAGGAAUGCUGAUGGUAGAACAGCCUUGAUGUUGGCAGUCAGUGAUUCUUGGUACUAUCCUGAUGUAUUUGACAUGCUUGAGAUUCUGGUGAAUGCGGGGGCAGAUAUUAAUGCUAAAGACAAAUAUGGGAAGACUGCCUACCAGUUGGCAUAUUAUGCUUGGGCUGACAUGACUCAUGAUGUACUAGAUUAUAUGCAAUUUCGACUGUGAUUGUAUAGGGGAAAUGGAAAAGUUCAGCAUGCCUUUGAAGGACGGAAGCAGUUCUUUACCUUCAGUAUGCUUACCUGUACAUGGUGUUUCUGUAUUUUUAAUUACAUUUAAGUGCCACCUGAAUAAAUAACUAAUCUUUAUGUCUAACAUUCUCAUUCUGAUGUUCAUGUUUAUGAAUUAAUGUAAUUCUUGUAAAUAAUCAAAAAAGACAGACAUGAAUUCUUAAUGUACAUUAA